UAUAUUUUCACUCGCACUUUCUCUCUCCUCCAAAUUUUCUCUCUCCAUUCUCCGCUGAUCCCCUCUCGCCACCGCCUCCUUUCCGCCUUCCCUCCCUGCGAUCAAUCCAACGUCGCCCUCCGCCGUCUCCAUCAUCUAUCUAUACGUGCAUACAGACUUCCACAACUAUUUGCAUUCCUUCAAAUUUGUGAGUCUAUCGGACAGAUACUUCGCGCAGAUCCAGCUGGCUUCGCUUCCUUUCUCGGCCACCUCAAGUUGCUUGGAUGACACUGACACUUUGGUUGAACAAUGAAUUCAAAUAUGUUGGCUGGAGAGCGGAGAUGGGCUUCUUCAAGAAGGGGUGGCAUGACUGUGUUGGGGAAAGUUGCUGUUCCAAAACCAAUAAACUUGCCAAGCCAACGGCUGGAGAAUCAUGGUUUGGAUCGUAAUGUUGAAAUUGUUCCCAAGGGUACUGUUAGCUGGGGAAGCCGUCCCUCUUCAUCUGGUUCAAGUCCAUGGAACUCUUCAUCGUUGUCACCAAAUGCUGAUGGUGGCACUGUUUCACCUAGUCAUCCCAGUGGCCGGCCUUCUUCUGGUGGAAGUGGUACACGUCCAUCAACCUCAGGCAGUGAUAGAACCCAUGAUCAGGUUCCAAAUGCUUGGUCUGCAAACUCCAGACCUUCAUCUGCUUCUGGGACGCUGUCCACAAACCAGACAUCAUCAUCAUCUCUGCGUCCUAGAAGUGCGGAAAACCGACCUAAUAGCUCACAGCUUUCUAGAUUUGCUGAGCCUGUGUCCAAAUCUCAUGUAGCAUGGGAUUCAAGUGUUACUGCAGAAAGAUUGGGGGUGAAGUCCAUGAAGGAGGAUAAUUUCUCUCUAACUUCUGGAGACUUUCCAACUCUUGGUUCUGAGAAAGAUAAUUCCUUAAAAAAAGUUGAACCAGAAGUUCACUUUACAGAUAGCCGCCCUAGCUCAGCUUCUGGUAGAAUAGUUCAGGCCAACAAAGAGGACAAUAUACCCCAUGCUGGUGUGCUUUCUAAUUUAUCUCAAGCUGAGUGGGGUGCGGAAGAGGAUGCAAAAGAAGCUGUAUCUGCCAAGAGGAUGGCACCAAGCCAGAACCCUUCAAACAGUCACGGGAAUAGAAUUCAUUCAGCAGACAUGAAAGUGAAGGCUUUUGACGGCAUGCCUAAUUCUAAAGGACUUGAUGAUAACAGGACAAAUCAAUCUGAAGCUCCACCUUCUUUUCCUUCUGUAGUGCCUCAGUUUCCUGUUUCUAGUGAGAGAGAUGCUGCACCAGCUACAACCAAAAAGGCAGCACUAAUACAUAAAAUUGAUGGCUUAAAUGCAAAAUUUCGUGUAACUGAUGGGUGGAAUGAUUCCACAAAUGCUGAUGACAGGGAAAAAGAUAAUAAUUGCACCAGGGAUGUUGGUACUGCUGCUAUGGCUUCUCAUAGGACUCCUGUUUCCAGAAACUAUGUUGCUGCCCCGGAUGCAGUGACAGUUCCUGUUGGUGAUAAUCCAUUGCACCCAAUUGCUGUCAUCCCUAGGAGAUCGUAUCAUGGUGGGCAUUCUAGAGUUGAUCAUCGUGGUAAAGGGAAGUUCAAUAGUCAGGAAGCUGAUGGAUGGCGAAGGAAGCCUCUCAGUAAUGAUUCCUCAAGUGCAGUUAUAGCUUCAAAUAAUGAAUCUACACCAAAUAUUCAGUCUUGUGGCCCUAAUAAUGUUGGAGAGUCUUCUGAGAAUUCCAUGGUGGAUCCAGUAGGGAAGGUCGAGGAAGAUUUGGCUGAAGUAUGUGAUUCCACUGAUAUUCAGGCACAGCGUGCCAAGAUGAAAGAGUUAGCCAAGCAACGGUACCUUCAACUACAGAAGGAAGAGGAAGAACGAGUAAGGGAGCAGAAGGCCAAGGCGCUUGCUAAACUAGAAGAAUUGGACCGCCGAAAACAAGCAGGUGCAAAUCAGAAGGCUGAGAGAACUCCGGUCAUUGGUGAUGUCAGAGUAGAACAACAAGAAGUACAUACAGUUAUAGGCACUGUGAUUGCUGAACUCAAGACUAAUGAAUCUGGCUUUAACUUAGUCUUGAGCCCUGCUGUUGCUGCUGUGGGAACAGAUAGCAACACAAAUCAGGCUGGAGAAUCUGUUGAAGUGUCUAGGGACUUGCGCCUGACGAUACAACAUAAAGGUUUAGUGGAAUCUAAUGUGUCUCCUUUGCCUAGAAUUGAAGAUUUUGUGGAUGGAAAUACUAAAGGAGUAGUGUCGCCACCUGAUGAUGGAGGAAUUUCCAGACACAAGCGAGCAGGCUACAAGCAGAAGCAGAAUAACAUGCCGCAGAAGCAUCCGAAUGAAAAACCUGUCUCUAGCUCUACAUUUGAGGUGCAAAAAGAUCGCACUCUUGCAGCUGUUGCUGAUAUGCAUGAGCCUCCAUCAAGUGAGUCAAAUGUGGUGAACACAUCAAAGUCUGUGGUUGAGCCAUUGGCCCAGCAAAGAAAGAGAAUUAGUAGGAGUAAUAAACCCAAGCCCAAACCAGAAGAAACACCCAUUGUUUCUGUUUUACCAUCAGUGACAUCAAAUGUUACUCCUGAAAAUGAGUCAAUUGAUAAUGUUGGAUCCAAUGAUUCAGUGUCUAAUAUGAGUGCCUCUGUCUCAACAACGUGUGAGCCUGACACAGCAGUGCACAGUCGGGAGCUAUCCUCUUCUCUACCCAGUGAGGAAUCCCAGAGCAAGGUACCUACUCAGUGGAAACCGAAUCGCAGAAUUCCAAAAAAUCAACAAGGACAUAGAUUUACAGACAAGCAUCAUGGUAGUAGUGAUACCGUUGUUUGGGCUCCUAAGGCUAAGGCUUCGGAUGAAGUGAGUCAAAGUUCUCUACAGGAAUCUGCUAAUUUGAUGAAGAAUGAAAAUGUGGCACAGAAUAGUUUGAAAGGCAAGAGGGCCGAAAUGGAAAGAUAUGUCCCAAAGCCACAGCUAGCUCAGCAAGGAAGUUCUCCACCUUUUUCAUCCUCAGUUAGCUCAUCAAGAUUAAGUGAGGGUGCUGCUGCAGAACAAUCUGGGUCAGCUAUCUCUGCAAACUCACAGCCUGUCAUCUCUGCAACUGCAAAUGCCUGGUCUAACUUGGAGAUGAAUGUGGGAGAUAGCAACCAUAGUAAGAAUAAAAAAGAUCAUGGGACUUGGAAACAGCGUGGUGUGACAGAAUCAUCUCAGAUGAAGAGCGUGCCUACUGGUCCAACAGAUACAUCUCAAGUGAAAGGUGUUCAUACUGGGUCAUCUCCAAUAUCUGAGCCCACAAAGGAGAUUCAGCUAUCCAAGGAGCUUGUGCAUUCUGGGAGGAGCGAAUCUAAUAGAGCGAAUGCUGAAUUCAAAAUAUCUGGUGCUGCAAUGAGCAAACAUCCUUCAGUGAAAGAUCAGGGUGCAACAGGCAGAGGAAAGAGACAUCCACCCAGGGGUCCUAGAAGCGGUGGAAAUAAUUCUGAUUUUGAGAACACUUUACAUGGUGAAGGUGAUGGAAGUUUGUCUUCAGCACCGGAUGUGAACCAGAUGAUGGAUAAGUCUAAUAUUUCAAAAGAGAAUCGUAGCUUUGGGGAGCGGACAUCCUCUCAUUGGCAGCCCAAGUCCAGUCCAAAUUCUGCUAAUAAUCAGCAAGGAAAUAGAAAUGCUGGAAGCGAAUCCAUUACUUUAGAAGCUAAUAGGGCCCCGAGGAAGAGUACUCAACGUAAGAUGCAAUCAGUGCCCCAACAGGAUAAGGAGAGUAGCAACUUUAGCCAACCUCAGCUUCAGCCAGGCCAAUCUGAAAAUGUCAAAAGUAAUGUAUCUGAUGAUUCAGUUGCACGUCUCCAUCAAGACUAUGACGAAGAAAAGAAGCCUGCUCCAGUAAAAGGGCGUCCUUACUCCCCAAAUCAAGAUCCAGUUGGCACUGGUGAAUCAUCUCUUACUAACACAGUUGAUCUGCUUGAGCACAAUGUUACAUCAGGAUCCAGGAGAGCUGGAAGGCAAAACAAUCGGCCUGUAAGAGGCCAUGACACCCGUGCAGAGUUGUCUUCAGGGCAUGAAAACCGGCCACAUAAUGCCCCUGCAUUCCGGGACAGGCAGAGGCAGAAUGUGCACCUGGAGUACCAACCAGUUGGUCCUUUCAAGGGUCACAAACCUGAAAAAGUUGAGGAGCUAGCAGAUGGAGGAGCUGAUAGUAUGGACCAAAGAUACCGGGAAAGAGGCCAGAGUAACUUCAAACGUGGAGGAAACUACUACAGGAGAUAAAGUGGUGCAUUCCACGUAACCUGUCCAGGAGAUUUAUAAGAUAAUUCUCCAAUUUGUUGCCUUUGCUUGAUUAUGUAUGAGACCACGUAUCUUCAUCCUGGGUAUGCAUCUACAUUUUGUGUUCUCGUGAUAAUAGAUUGGUAGUUUAUCUGUUAACUGGUGGCACAUGAACUGAGCAGGAUUAGAGGCCAGGUUUAGGGCACACCUUUGAGGGAUGUGAUACGUUAGGUUGAGGAAAUGAGACAUGAUGACACAUUUGAAAAUUGUAAUUGGUGCACGAUACACUGCAUUGUGGCUUAUUUUUAGCAUUUUGUGUAUCUGGUAAUCUAAUGUGUGCCCUGUAUGCAGGCCAAAGAAUGAUUUAGAAAGAUAGAUCGUACCAUAUGUUCCAAAUUUUUGUUGGAACCUUGCUCUCGUUGUGCUUA